CGUCUACGCGGGCCGUAAUGACCGGCGUAGAGGCGCAGACGGGUUUUCAGUGGACGGUGUUGCCGUGGUGAACUCGGCUGCUUCCACAGGGUGAGGGAGACUCGGCGUGUCGGGGCGCAGAGUGGAAGAGUCGCUUUAAUAAUUAACUUUAUCAUCUUACAGGACUGAGAUACAACUUUGGAGAGAUUUAUGUCCGUUACGACGGCCGCAUUAGCCCGUUAGUAGUUAGCAAAUAUCGGGAAAAACGUUUUAAAUUUAGGUCUUCGACGUUUAAAUAAGUGGAACCGGAGACGAGCCGACGCCGAGGCUGAGCCUGUGGGACCAAAAAUAUUCAUACAGGCUUCCAGUGAGGGGAGUCCUGGUUCCUGAUUGGUCGGGUUCCGUCGGUCCAGCGGGGCGGUUCUGGACGGGUCGGGCGUCAGGAUGCCUCUGUUCUCCAGGAGGAGGAAGCCCAGCGAGGAUUCCAAGAAGAGGCUGGAGCAUCAGCUGUACUGGUCCAACCAGGAAGGAGCCGACGACAUCCUGGACAUCUCAGCCUGCGAGCUAGCAGAGUCCUCCUCCUCCUCCUCCUCUCCAUCUUCCUCCCUGCAGAUCCUGAACGUGGAGAAGAACCGUCUGAAGCUCCUGCCGGAGUCCGUCUGCAGGCUGCCGCUGCUGCAGACGCUCAACCUGAAGGGAAACUGCCUGGCGGAGCUGCCGGCGGCCGUCGGCUCCCUCAGCUCCCUGCGAACCCUGGACAUCAGCGACAACGACGUCCAGCAGCUGCCCACACAUCUGGCCCACAUCCGCACCUUAGAGAGCUUCACUCUGGAUGCUGCUAGCAUGACCUACCCACCUGCGUCCGUCUGCUCAGAGGGAACGGAGAGCAUCCAGCGCUUCCUCUGUGGCGAGCUGGGCCAGGAGUACUGCGCUCCGUCUCAGUACCUGCUGCCGGUUCUGGAGAGCGACUGCAGCGAACCCGGUUCUGACUGUCUGGACGGGCUGGAGGAGGCCUGGCAGAGCAAAUUCAGCGACUACGAGAGGAGGAAGGAGCAAAAGCUGCAGGAGAAGCUGGCGUUUGAGCGCCACCUGGAGGAGAAACACAGGGAGCACACCCAGCUGCUCCUCAUGAACCAUUCACACAAGGAGAACAUGCUGAACUCGGUCCGGCAGGACCAGGAGCGCGUGGAGCUCGGCUUCAGCCAGCAGCAGAGAGCUCAGGAGGCCGAGAGGCAGCAGGUUCUGGAGCGGGUCCGACAGGCCGAGGACAACAUCAGCAGCCGCGUCAGCAGCCUGCUGAUGGACAACAGCAGGACGCACCGUGGCCCUGACCCCGUCUCCUCUGCCAGCCUGGAGUCUCUGGACAGGAAGUUCGACCGGAUGCUGUCGCUGCAGGUUCUGGACAAGUCCAAGGCCAUCGCCCAGAUCCUGCAGGAGGAGGAGAUGCAGAAAGCUGCGUUCCAGGCGCUGCAGCUGCAGAAGGACGCCGUCCACGGCUACAUCCGCAGCCAGAUCAAAGCCAUUGAGGCCGAACUCAUGCAGCUCACUAAGCUGGAGGUCAAGAGGCGGAGCCUGGAUGCCGAGAGCCUGCAGGAGGUCCUGGUGGAGCAGCGCACGGCGCUCAGCGACCUGCUGCAGCAGCUGCUGAAGCAGAGGGACCAGCGGGAGCAGGAGCUGCGGCAGGUUCUGGUGGAGAUAGAGAAGAAGUCGGACUCCAGCCAGCAGAACUACUGGAUGAUCCAGUACCAGCGGCUGCUGGACGCCAAGCCGCUGUCGCUCCGGAUGCAGGAAGCCGGUCUGGAGACGGAGCUGGUGAACCUGCUCUGCAAGCUGUCGGCUCAGCACUACCUGCCUGUCCUGGCCCACCACCACGUCACCAUGGAAACGCUGCGCCACACGACGGCGCCGGACCUCAAGAAGCUGGGCGUUCAGGAGGCCGGGAUCCAGAAAGCUCUGCUGAACUGGGCCCGGGACCGAGCGCCUGCAGGAACCAGCAAAGCAGAAACCCCGACGGGUCUGACCCCGCCCCCGUCUCCUCUGGCGCCCAGCACCGCCACCGCGCCGACCCCGAGCCCGCCGCGGUCGCCACGGACCCCAGGGACCCCAGGGACCCCCGUCACGCCCUCCGCCCCCACACCGGUGGAGGGGCCGGGCAGCUCGGAGUGCGUGGUCUGCAUGGAGGUCGGGGCCCAGGUCGUCUUCCUGCCCUGCGGUCACGUCUGCUGCUGCCGGAUCUGCAGCGACGCCCUCCAGAACUGCCCUCUGUGCCGCAGCAGCAUCUCCCAGCGCAUCCGGCUCUACCAGAACUAGAACCGGGCCGGAACCGGGCCCGGACCGGACCGGAACCGGGCCGCCGCCUGCGUAUUUAUGCACGAUCCACCAGCUGCUCUCAGCUGGUUUUAAAGA